AUGGCCCCGCAGAGCGACCGCUCUCCGGGAGAAGGGCAGUCCUAUUUCGGCGAGGCCGAGGGCAGCCCCUCCGCGGCCGGCGGCGGCUCCGCGGGCAGCCGGGGCCCCUCGCCGCCCCGCAGCGCCCUGGCCCCGCGGGAGGGGGCGGCCCGAAGGAAGGGCAAGAGCCGGCGGGGCCGCGGCAAGGCUCGCAGCGAGGGGCUGCUCAGCAAGCAGAAGAGGAGCCGCCGGAUGAAGGCGAACGACCGGGAGAGGAACCGCAUGCACCACCUCAACUCCGCCCUGGACGCGCUCCGCAGCGUCCUGCCCACCUUCCCCGACGACGCCAAGCUCACCAAGAUCGAGACCCUCCGCUUCGCCCACAACUACAUCUGGGCGCUCACCCAGAGCCUCCGCCUGGCCGAGCAGAGCCUGCCCGAGCCCCCCUCGCCGCCGCCCCCCGCCGCCGCCUCCCCCGGGCCCUGGGACUCGCCCUGCCCCGCCGCCCCGCCGCCCGCCGCCCUUCGCCGCGGCCCCGCCGCCUUCUCCGCCUUCCUCUGA